CAUGCGGAUAUACCGCUAUGUAAAAUGGCGGUGUGAGAGAGGCUCGUUCAAAACACAGCGGUCUUACCUGUGAAGGUGGUGAGCUAACACCUCUGAAACGGUCUGCGUUACGUGGAGCUGUCUAAUAAUUAUUUAGAGGUAGAGGUUGGAAUUUACAUUCCAGAACAGAGCAGGUGGGAUGGCGAAGAGGAUCGCUGAUAAGGAGCUGACGGACAGGAACUGGGAUCAGGAAGAGGAGGGAGAGGAGGCCGGGACCUUUUCAGUCGCAAGUGAAGAUGUGUUGAAGAACCGGGCGAUUAAAAAGGCCAAACGCAGAAAUACUGGAGCAGAGGGCGAGGGCAGCGGCGCCUUCAAAGGCUUUAAAGGCUUUUCUCUGAGCGCGUCGGCGACCGGAGGCUCCACGCCGGCGCCGUUCUCUGGUUUCGGGAACGGAGGAGGCUUUAAAGGCCUCAGCAGUCUGACCAACGGGAACAGCGUCGCUCCAUCGUUCGGAGGUUUCUCUUCUCCUGCUGUGACGUCCACUGCGACACCCGGUCUGACGUUCAACGGCCCCGCCUCCGCCAAGCCCACCGCCGACAUCACCGCCAAGCAGACCAACGGCUCCGCCCCGAGCCCGGCUCAAAGCUCCGGCUCCUGCGGCAGCGUCGGCAACAAGGAGUACAGCCGGCAGCUCACCGCUCUCAACUGCUCGGUGCGGGACUGGAUCACCAAGCACGUGAACGACAACCCGCUGUGCGAUCUCAACCCCAUCUUCAGGGAUUAUGAGCGCCACCUGGCCAGCAUCGAGCGCCAGUACGGAGCCGGCUCUGCCGACGGGGGCUCCGAGGAGAAGAAGCAGGGAGGGCUGCCGCCGUCCGCGGCCACCCCUCCUCCUCCUCCUGCCUCCUCUUCCUCCAGCGGCAGCAGAAGCGGCUCCGCGGCUCCGGCCGCCGCUUUGUUCUCCUUCGGCAAAAAUCCGACAGAAGACUCGGGGCGGGACAAAAGCGCCGCCGCCGCUCCCGUCGGCGUCACGUUUAACUUCGGCCAGAAGGUGGACAGCUCGGUCCUCGGCUCCUUAGGCUCCAACGCGACCCCCCCCAGCUUCUCCUUCUCCUCCAGCGCCUCCUCCGGCCAGACCUCCCUGUUUGGAGCUCCUGGAUCCUUCAGCGGGACCAAGUCUGAGGACGCCCGGCCUGCAGACGAGAACGGAGACGAGGAGUCGGAGGAGCCGCCCAAACCCGAGGUGAAGGAGGUGAAAGAGGACGACGCCUUCUACUCCAAGAAGUGUAAACUGUUCUACAAGAAGGACUCGGAGUUCAAAGAGAAAGGAGUGGGAACGCUGCACCUCAAACAGAUGGAGGAGGGAAAGACUCAGAUGAUCAUCCGCGCCGACACCAACCUGGGAAACAUCCUCCUCAACAUCGUCGUGCAGUCGUCCAUGCCGUGCUCUCGGGUCGGGAAGAACAACGUGAUGGUGGUGUGCGUCCCCAACCCGCCCGUCGACGACAAGAACCCUGGCGGCCCCGUGCCCCUGCUGAUCCGGGUCAAGACCGCCGAGGACGCCGACGAGCUCCACAAGACCCUGGAGGAGAAGAAAGGCUGAGGGCGGAGCUUAGAGCGGACUGGACCCGGUGGACGUCAUCGUGCCGGGUUUAUCCACACACACACUCACACACUCACGUGAUCACACCUGUUCUUAACUCACCCUGCCAAUCACGUCUCCCUCAGUUUGUCACAUGGUUUGGUCGUCAUACUGUGAAAUCUUCUUGUUGAUUUUGAAUCACGUCGUCGUCGUCGCUGUUCGACCCGGCCUCAUUCCUCCGGCUCGACGCUGCUGCUGCUGCUGUUUUACCUGAACCUGAACGAUGUUUCUCAUCAGCGUCAGUGUUUCAUUUACUGUUUUAAUUUGGUCGUCGAGUGACUGAAAGUGUGAAUCCGGAUGAAUUCUUAUCGUGCGACUCUUUGAUCUUGACCACUCGCAGCUCAGAAUGAAGGUCCAGUCGAUUUGGUUUUACAAAUUAAAUACCUGCAGUAACAGCUGAUUUUUUAAAGCGAGCGUGUGGAGGAUUUAGUGCGUCUGAGUGCUUCUGCUCUGGAGUCUAUUUAUUGUGUGGGCGGGAUUUGGACUCUGAUCGAACCUCGUGUGAAUGUUUCCCCUGAAGAGCUUCUGAAAACGGUGUGAGGGGUGCAGGUGUGAAACAGACCAGAUGUUUUUGUCUCUGUUAACAUGGACUGUUGUUUUUUCAAGUGUCCUUUGUGUGGCCUUCGGUUCAGCCUCCGAGACGAGGCGCGCUGUCAUCGUCUGAGAACAUUUGUAAAGACAUUUAUUGGGGAAUAAAAGGAAACAAAACACCACGUCUGCUGCUCCU